UUCUGUUCAUCAGUAUGCUGCUGAAACAUUUAUUAUACUGAUUUUGAUAUGAUUUCAGCCAUGUUUGAAUCCACACUCUAUUGUAUGAGAGCAUUCAACACAUCCAAAGGUUCAUUUUUCUGCCAUCGCUGCGGUCGCACAUACGCUUCGAAAGGCAAUUUAUCGAGACACUUACGAUUUGAAUGUGGUGUUGAUCGUCAGUUUUCUUGCCCACUGUGUGGAAAAAUGUUUAAACGAAAAGAGCAUCUUACAGAACAUAUAUUUGGUACUCACAAAAACAUAGAUAUGUUUACUUUCAGUAAUUAAUUCAAUCUUAUAGGAUUGUAUUAUAUUACUACCAUAUUGUUUGAAAUAGCGCAAUGUGCUAAUGUAAAGAGCUUUCAUACGUAUUCACUUUUUUACUGUCCUAUAAAACAAACCGUGAAAUUGUGAGGAACCAUAUAUGUCGGAAAAACUGAUGUCAUAAUGUUUGAUACUCACCCUCAGGAGUACUGUGAACAUACACAUUUAAAAGAAGGAAUGAAAAAAAAAAUAGUUUUU